AUGAUAAGGUCAUCUCCUAUCAUUUCAUCAGGAAGAUUUUCCUUCCGUACAAGUCAUUGUAUCUGGAUAACAAGAAAUGUCGUAUAUAAACCCGCUUACAAAUCUAAUUCUGCGGUGAAUACUGUCACGGAGUCUGCCUCGAAAGACGCACCUCAAUCGACGAACCCAUUGCCUAUCAACUUUAAGGAUGAUCCCAAUAGCAAUCAGAUUGGGGUAUCGAAUGUUUCUGAUAGAAUCAAUUGGUCAGACUCUUUUCAUGGGUUAGGUUCUGCACCUUUUCCCAAAGAAGUGGCGAACAUUUUGCUUUCACCAAUUGCUAAAGACGAUAUAGAGAUAAAACCUGAUGGCCUACUCUAUUUACCAGAAAUUAAAUACAGAAGGAUUUUAAAUAAGGCUUUUGGCCCGGGUGGAUGGGGUUUAGCACCAAGAACGGAAACUAAAAUUACACCCAAACAAAUCAGCAGAGAGUAUGCGUUAAUUUGCCAUGGGAGACUAGUAAGUGUUGCUCGUGGAGAACAAGAUUAUUUUGGUGGCGAAGAGAAGAUAACGACAGCUUUGGAAGGGUGCAAAAGUAAUGCCCUAAUGAGAUGUUGUAAAGACUUAGGAAUAGCCAGUGAAUUAUGGGAUCCAUCCUUCAUAAAGGAGUGGAAAAAGACCUUUUGUGAUGAAGUUUUUGCGGAACACGUCGUGACAAGAAAGAAGAAGAAGCUUUGGAAAUUGAAAAAAAAUAAAACAUUAGAUUAUCCUUAUUCAAUUGUAUAG